AUGGUUAGUGAGGAAGAAGGUUAUGCAGCUAAGAUUGAAGGAAUUUUAUCUUCACAAGAAAUUGGAGUUGAGUUGGGCCUAAGACAGAUGGAGAAAUGGAUACAAUGCUGUAAUGAUGUUAUUGAUUACUUGGAGAAAAAAAUGCAAAUUGAUGAGGAACACAGCAUGAGCAUUAUAAAAAUUUCUACAGAUCUAAGGUCAAUGUCUGACCAGCUUCCUCUUAAAAAAAUGUUGGCCGAGCAUGACAAAAAGUGCAAAGAUAACAGGGAGAUAAUGAAUAGGCAGCUGAACAAAUUGCAUGAAGCAGUGGAGCAUUUGAAGAAGUGGAAGUCAUCUUACAUCCAAUGUAACCAAGAACUUGAAGAAAUUGAAAAGUCUUCCCCACAAAGUCACCAGUCAAUAGUAACAUCUGCACCAUCUGCAUCUUCAUCAAUUUCAUUCUCAAUAUCAUCAUCUUAUUCUACAACAUUGCCCACGGUAACUACAGCUACAACCACAGCCAACAAAAAUGUUGUUGCCUCCGUUGAAAGGACCAGCUCUCGCAUCUUGAGGAGGAAAAAAAGUGACAAUGAACUCACAAAAAAAAAGAUGCAGGAAGCUGAGAAGAUGUACAUGGAAGCUGUGCGCACUGCCAACAAUGAACUUCAAGUCAGCCAGAUCGUUGAGAAAACUAUAAUUGCCCAAUUAAGCAAGCUGAUGGUAGAAAGUGAUGCUACCUUCAAAAUGGUCAUUAUAGAUUAUUUUGACAAAUACAAGGGCUUCUAUAGCAGACGAGCUGACAAUUUUCAUGUGUUGAUAGAGCAGUGCAACAUUUACACGCUGGGGUUGACCCACUUCCAAGCCAUCAAAAAGAUGAACACCUCUGCAUGUCCACCCUCCUCUCCUUCUUCUCCACAACCCUCUUGCAUGCCGACGCCAGCAAACAUCGCAACCAGAUCAUCAGUGCAUUGCACUCAUGUGAAUAAUGAUUCUUCUUCAUCUUAUCCAUCCUUUGCAAAUCUCUUAUCUGCUGACGGACUCUUCUUCUUCCAAUCAUACCCAAAAAAUAACAGCUUAAGAAGAUGCACUGAGAGGAAAGUCCGAAAACGUGGAUCCCACUCAGAGGAAAGACCUCGUGACCGCAAUUGCAAACAAACUGAAUGUGGUAGUAAGUUCGGAAGGUCCAAAUCCAUCGAUCGCUCCCCUGAUUCAAUUAUGUGCAUGUUGACUGGGCAGAGCAAAUCUCUCAUUGGGCCGAAUGCUGCUACCAAACAUUUCAAUGCCAAUGGAAAACUGAAAGUGAACGAGCACAGUUUCAAAGCUUUAAAAAUUCCCAGCAAGUGUCGAGUGUGUGAGUCCUACUGUUGCAUUACUGGUCUCAUUUGCACGAAAUGUCAGAUCUGUUGCCACGAGCGCUGCAUUUACAGAUUAAGGUUUCAGUGCAUUGGCGAUGGAACUGCAGUGGGUGGCAGUUCAAUUUCCAUCGACAGGCAUAAGAUUAACACGUCAGCUACAAAAAACGCAGACCGCAGUGAAGUCUUCUCAGACGAAGAUUUGAAAUGGUCAAUAUUGACUUGCAUGCAACUCAUCGAGGAGCAUGGCCUUCAUUCAAAAGGCAUAUACAGAGUGUCAGGAUCUAAGCUGAGAAGUGGCUCCUUCCUCCAGACUUUGCUGAAUAAGAAUGUGGAUGUAGAUUUCUCAGAUGUUAACACCAUCGCCAACACCUUGAAGGUUCUGCUCAAAAAAGUUCGUUACUUCUACGACUUGUAA